GCUACAAGUAAGUGCCCCACCUACUCACUUCGUGAUAAUAAACACUUUUUAAUCCUCUCUCCCUCCUCCAGAACUUAUCGCGUCGACCAUGCCCACACCGCUCAUCGAAUUUUUGAGACGCCAUCGCGAAACCCACUUUACUCGCAUAUGAACAUCAGGGAAGACGUAUUGCAAAAGAUAAAGGUUGAUGAGGGGAAGGACGUGCUCACGACAUAUUUUGACUAUGCCUUGGAGAAGUUAAAGGUCGAAGAAGGAGAGGAUGGUAUUGAGGAGUGCAUGAGAAAGAUAAAAGAGACCAUAAGCGAGGUGACUUCCUUCACGACCAUGAAACCGAGCCGAAACCCAGUACCUGCACCAGAUAACACAGUUGCCAUUGUAGUGGAUGUUAGGAAACGAGGGUCCUGUAGGGUGUAUAACACAAGCAAAUGGCUUGGGGGCGCUGGAGGCGCUGAUACAGCUAACACGAAAGUCGUGAUUAUGCCAUGGCAUCACAGCUGGAAAUACCUUUGCAUGGGCGAAAUGGAGAUAGCAUUUAUUUUAGCGUUCCCUCGUCCAUAAUUAUACUGAGAGCCAGUUUGUCCGCUAUUGCGCACUUUGCGGGGUCUGAGGCUGUUGAUGUAACAUCGUGUUUGUUGAAUCUAAAAAGCUAUUUAUCGCUGA